AUGAAUUAAUAAUUUACAGAUAUUAUUAAUGAUGAACUUGAUCCUAUUCUUGGAGAAUUUACAUCUCAAACAUUGGCAUCUUCAAGUAUAAUAACCUCUCCUCUCAAACUUAUAAGGCAGUCUAAUGUGAUAGAGAUUCAGAAUGUUCAUACUAAAUAUAAAAGAGUAAUUCAAGAAACUAUAUAAAAAAUAAUUCUUGAAAUUGAGAAAUACUAUCAAUAACUUAUAGAAAGAAAUUAAGCUAUUAAUUUUAAACUUUAUUAGAGAAUAGCUGAAUAGACAUCAAAUAUUUAAUAACUGUAAGACAUAGUGAACUAACUGACUUUAGAUAAUAUGCAAUUUAGGAAUAAAUAAUAUGAAGAAGAGAUCACAUAAGAAUUCUAUGAUCCUUAAUAGUAUACAAUUAGGUAGUAGAAAAAAGAAUUAUUGGAAUUAUAUGAUUUAAAUGAUCAAUUAUCAAAUAAAUUAAAAAGAUAAGAAAGUGUAAAUAGUUAAUGGCAGGAUACAAUAAAGAGGUAAAAUUCAUAAUUACUUUUUUAUGAAAAAAAAAUUACAGAAUAAGAAUAAUUCAUAUCAGAUUUGAAAAUCCAGAUAUCAGAACUUCAAAAAUAAAAUACUGAAUUACAAUAACAGUUCAAUAAUAUUUCGAAAUAGUCCUAAAAAUGCAUUGAUCGAUUGAAUCAGCAUGAAAAAAAUGAUAUACAUUCAAGCAAAGGCAAAUAUUCGACUUUGAAUUAAAAUGAAACCAUAGAAACCUAAUAAUAAUCAAAUAAACUAACAAGCUAAUUAAAAAUUAUAAAUACAACCGAUCAUGAAACAGCUACAUAGCCAUCUUAGAAAUGCAUACUAUAAAAAAGGUAGAAACUGAUUUUACAAUCUUUGGAAUACUAAAAUUGCAGUGACUUUGAAAUCAGUGUUAAAAAUAGAUAAUAUUACUAAAAUACAAUUAAAAAAACAGAAUUACUUGAUAUUUCUGACAUCAUAAAGCCAAAAUUCUAAAAAAAACCUUAAAUCUUAGAUGAUUUAUAUUUAUACUCAAACAGGUAGAGAAAUACCACCAAAAUAAUACAGGUUUAACGUAAAGUAGACGUUACAAUCUCCUUUAAGUUAAAGGAAGGGUCAUUUUUCGAAGAAAAACAGGCUUUGUACAUUAGAAUGAUGUUUUAUUGA